UACGCGCGUCACCAGCGCACAGAGGAGCUUCCCGACGCGAGGGGGAGGCUGGAGAGAUGUGUGGAUCACAACCAUGGAAGGCUUUGAAUGUCACAUUACAUGCAUCUAAUUGACGCUAUUCGACUUUUACAGGAUAUGUUUCCACCCUUCAUAUGAGCAGUAACCCAGCUGCUCGGGAUUCAGAGAUCCAGCGCCGUCUUUCGCGUCUGUCUCCCAGUUGAGAAGCUUCCUGGGCUGCGUGGACCUUACAACCUCGGCUCGGUCCGUCGCGAUUAUGUUAUAGUUUACUCGGACGAGGCUUUUUGUUUUCAUCCAGGAAAUGUUGGCAUGGCCUCUUCGCGAGGUAAGAAGUGUCCGAAGAGUAAGAAGUUGGACGAGGCGCAGGCUUUGGCCAGGAGCUGCGCGGGGAGACCAGACUUCCUGCCGUGUGAUGGGCUCUCCAUCUGCGCGACCCACAGCCACGGGAAGUGCUUCAAGCUGCACUGGUGUUGCCACCUGGGAUGGUGUCACUGCAAGUAUGUGUACCAGCCCAUGACCAACGUGUGCAAGCUGCCCAGCACGUCGGUGCCAGCUGUUGAGACGGAGUACAGUAACACCAUGGACCUGUCCGUCUCUCUGGCUGAGCGCUUCCUGAAGCUCGCGCCCAGCUUCCAGUCCCCUCCUCUCCUGGAGUCCCCAAAGUACUGCAUCAUCGCCGAUCUGUUCGUGGACGACUACAUCGUCAAACGCAUCAACGGGAAGAUGUGCUAUGUGCAGCGCCCAUCGCCCCCCUUACCAGAACCUCCUCAUGCUCCCACUCCUCCCCCACCUGCUGCCGCUACACCUAAGAUGCCACAAAAUCCCGCGCAGCCUCGGCAACCGGUGAAGCCAACCAAACACGUGCCUGCCCCUGUGCAGCCGGUCCAGCAGGUGUACAGCGAACACAAACAUCCUACCACCGUGGAUAAGAUUAAAGGCCCCAAAAUGGACCACUGCUCCUCUCCGUCUAGCUCCGAGGACUCUGGUAUCAACGCGCUGGGUCUGCACUACCUAGAGUCCUGUGAGGAGGAGAGCGAGGAGGAGGAGGAGGACGAGUUGAGUACCGACGGGAACUCCAGCCCCGGCAGCCUCUGGGAUCAGGACGAAUGCUCUCUGCUGUCCCCCUCCAAGUCCAUGAUAGAGAUCAUCGAGAAGAUCGAAACAACUGUGUAACGGACAUUGACCCACGCUGUGAGGGAGUAGAAUAACUGAGAGUUACUCUUGUGGAUGUAUCCUACAUAGACCAAUAGGACACAAACUGCUCUAAUGCUUCAGCAGGGCUUUGCCAGAUUGUUUAGUUGGAGUUGUUUUCCUGCAGUCGGCCGAGGACUGUACGUCUGCACUCACACACAGCCUCUCGUCUGUCCACUUACCCUGCAUUAAGGACAUUUUCUAGAACUUAUUACAAUACAGGAUAAAGGCACAAGCACAAGAAUAUCAAGCACAUGCACAGUGGACCAAAUAAAUCUCCUUUAGCCAAACUGUACUUGGUAUUUAUACAGGAACAUCUAAAUUACAUGGUAAUCUAUAGUAGGAGCACUAACUAGAGGAGACUUUCAGAGAUUUCUCUUUAGGUAUAUGUUACUGGAGCUACGUCAAGUGGUGGUAUAGUGGGUUUUCUGAUGAUAAUGAGUAGUUAGAUUAUUCUUAUUGCUUUCCAGGCGUCAGACUUUGUCUAAUUCAACAUUUAAGUGGCAGAUAAGCCUGACACGACUUGUUCUCCGCUCAAUGGCUCCACCUACACGUUUUUCAUAAUUCUGACACUUCAGCAUAAUAGCUACAAGGCCAGCUACCUCUCGUGGGCCUAAAGCACAUCAGCCUUUUAACCCGUUAAUCACUCAGCUCAGAGCUGCUGGGACACGCUUGCUUUUGUCACGUAAAUAUAAAAUAUUCCCGGGCCCAUAGUUUGUGUGCACUUUACUAACACGAGGGGUAGGUAGUCAGUGUUCGACAAUCAAGGAUUACACAGAAGCACAUUCCUUUACUGCACCUGCCAAGGGCCAAGGAUACACUUAAACCAUUUAUCAGACAUUACCACAUUGUUCCGACCACAUUUCCUGGUCAAGCUUGACUGAACUGCUGUUGAAGGUCAAACGGGGCUUUAAGUAAAACACGACUUGCAUUGACCCCUAUUAGCAGCCAAGAAAUGAAAUAGCACAAAUGUGUCCCUGGCAGAGCUACAGUGAAAAAAGACACAGCAGAAACUAGCAAGACACAAAGUGAAGAGGGAAUAUAUUUAAAAUAUAUAUAUACAUAUAAACCUAUACAACAAUACAGAUGCAUUGUUAUUUGCUCUCUGGGUUUGACAGUGAAAUGUCUUGGGAUGCCAGCUGAGAAGGGAGUCUCGAAAGAUGUGCAGGCUAGACUAGUACAUUAUGUCACAGUUAUUUUGUGCUUUGAGGCAGAAGAUCGUCACUUAAUGAUCCGUUUUAAAAGAAAUUACCGUAUGGAAUAGGAUGCUGAGUGUUGUUAUGUGAUGGACAUGAUGUUAAGAACAAUGCACUCAAUUAUAAUAUUUGUGAGACAGCCCCUUAUUAGUCAGUUAGUGAAAUGAAGAUGGGCUGGGUCUUUUUUUAUGUUUUUAGAGUUAUCCGCAUAGUUAUCUGCAAAAAUCACUAAAAUAUUCACGAAUAUGUGUUGCUGCAAUCUAGAUGUAAAAAAAACCAAGUCAUUUUGCAUGACUGCAUUCAAUUCCCUGAUGUCAAGUGUUAAAAAAGUGAAUAUAUAAUCUGUCAGAUUUUGUAUUCAAGGACAGCCCUUGACAUUACACUGAACACAGUCCCUCUUAACGCAGUUUAAAACAUCUGUUAUGUUAUCUUAUGUCAUAUUAUUUUCAUAUGAAUAAAUCUUAAUGAACAUUUUUCUCC